AUGGUAAUGCCAAGUAAUAAACGUAGCGGCCGUGCGUUCUCGAAGCCCGGCACAGUGGCCCAGCUGGUAAAACCGAUACCUCACAGCUCGGAGAAAAAUUGGAUUCCGAGACUAACAAAUGGGGGAAGCCGCUGUGAUGGGCGAGUGGAGAUAUACUACAACCGCAGCUGGGGAAGAGUGCAAGACAACCUCUGGGACAUUAAUGACGCCAAUGUGACCUGUCGGGAGCUGGGCUGCGGCUAUGCGAUAUCUGCCUACAAUUCUUCAAAGUACGGAGAGAGCGAAGGGCCCGUGUGGGUGAAUGAAGUUGCCUGCCAAGGAAAUGAGUCGCAGCUCCAGAUGUGCAACUCAUUGACAUUGAAUCCAUUUCUCGAUGACAGCGAUGGCGUUGGAGUCCUGUGUUCGGAACACUUAAAAUUACGGCUGACCGGCGGCGGAAGUCCAUGUGCUGGCCGAGUUGAAGUCUACUACAGUGGAGCAUGGGGCUCGGUUUGCGACGACUCCUGGGACCUGGCGGACGCGCAGGUGGUUUGUAGACAGUUGGGUUGCGGGAACGCUUUGGAGACAAAACUUUUUGGACACUGUGGAAAAAGCUCAGACCCAAUGUGGUUGGAUGAACUGAGUUGUUCGGGUGACGAAUCUUUUCUGUGGCAAUGUCCAUCAGCACCAUGGGGCGAACACGACUGUUCUCAUCAAGAAGAUGCGAUGGUUAUGUGUUCUGAACACAAAGAGCUGCAGUUGGUGAAUGGAAAACAUCGCUGUGAAGGAAGAGUGGAAGUGUUUUACAAUGGGAGCUGGGGAACGGUGUGCUCGGAGUCACUGGAUGAAGUUGAUGCAGAAAUCAUCUGUAAACAGUUACAGUGCGGCCUUGUCCAAAAGAUUAUGUAUGAUGCAGGAACAUUCGGAGAAGGAUCGGGAAACAUUUGGCUCGACGAGGUGGAGUGUAAUUCACAGGAGUUAACUCUUUGGCAGUGUCAGUCGGACCCGUGGGGUGAACACAACUGUAAACACCGGGAGGAUGCAGGUGUUGUUUGUUCAGAACAGCAGCUGCGUUUGGUAGGGAGAAACAGCAGCUGUUCGGGGAGGGUGGAGAUACUGUCCAACAACAGCUGGGGCACCGUGUGCGAUGACUCCUGGGACCUGGCCGAUGCUAACGUUGUCUGUAGGCAACUGGGCUGCGGCUCCGCUUUAUCGGCUGCGGGAGGAGCGGCCUUUGCCCAGGGCGACGGUGUGAUCUGGCUGGAUGAGGUGAAAUGCACGGGAAGCGAAUCCUUUCUCUCCGACUGUGGUUCCUCGCCGCUAGGUCAGCACGACUGUGAUCACAAGGAAGAUGCCGGUGUCAUUUGUUCCAGACAGAAGGGGAAAGUAGUCUCCAUCCCUGCUGCCGUCUGCAUCACACUCGGGUCUCUUUUCGUGUGUGAGCUCAUCGCAUUGGGCGCGUUAACACGGAGAAAGUCAUUAAGAGGUCACGUCAUCUUCGACAGGGAUUCUCCUGUUGGAAUAUACGACGCAAUUUAUCAAGAGGUUGAGAGUAUUCAACGCAGCGAGGUUUCCUCUCAAAUUGAACGUUCAGGCGAAGUUUGCUUUGAGGAUGCUGAGGAUGGAGCCACGGACAUUCAAUACAGUUAUUGCCAGCUGCCUUAUGACUCUGAUGAGUUCCUCAAUGUUGCAGACAAUCUCCGUGAUCGCAAUGAGUCGAAUCCAUGA